CUAUCGGCCCACCGGGACAAGUCCCGGUAUCCCGAUAGGCCAGUCCGCCCCUGCUUUAGUACAUCCUUUGACCAAUUUUAUAUAAGUGUUCUGUUUAUUUUCACUUUUCAAUCUUAUCUAGCAGUGUAUCACUUAUACUGAUCAUUGGUAGUACAUAAUCCAGAAUGGAGUAGUAAGAUUUUGGUAGAGCACAAGAAGGUGACAUUUUUAAUCUCUAUUACCUGCUGCAAAUUUCAGUGCAUUGAUGCCUUUGGUAGUUCUUGUUAUCAUGGGUCUCAUCCAGGAUGGUACCGGUGGUUGUACUCAAAUUGCCAGCCUGAUAUCUUCUGUCCUUAUGUUGGGAUUUUUAUAUGUGGCCACUCCCUUGUUUUAUAACUUACCAAAGUGUAUUUUGUCCUGUGUGAUCUUUGGAGCAUUGAAGGACAUGUUUAUUCACAUCAAAGAGCUUAAGAAUAUUUGGAAUAUAUCCCAGGUUGAUGGUCUUAUCUGGCUAGUAACAUUUGUGUGUGUUGUUUUGUUGGAUACUGGCCCAGGAAUAAUUGCAGGAGCAAUAUUUUCGUUACUUACUGUUAUAUAUCGCUUAUCAUACCCUUACCACACUGUGUUAGGCACUGUGCCAGAGACAGAAAUCUAUUUAGACAAGGAGCAUUAUACUAAGCUUCAAGACAUUUGUGGAAUAGAAAUUUUCCACUUUGGGUCAGUUAUUAACUACCUGAAUAGACAUGUCUUCCUAUCAACUUUAAAAGAAAAAACUGAGCAGCAAACUAAAAGAAAGAGCCUUGUGAGUGACAGUCUUGCCAAAUCCAAAAUGAACCAGAAAUCUGAUGAAAACCUUCUGAGGAAAAAAGAACUUCACCAUAUUGUUAUUGAUUGCUCUUCUAUAUCAUAUCUUGAUGCUACUGGAUUAGAUAUUCUUUUGGAGGUAAUUAGAUCAAUAAUAUCUGAUAUAUAG